AUGGACGGCGCACCUGUACCAUCGUCCUCGCGACAACGGCCCUCCUCGCGCCCUACAACACCCCUACGUCCCAGCUCACGCUCGUCGCUACGAGAAGCUCAUGGAUAUGGCCAUAGCAUCAGUGCCUCGGGAUACAACCAACCUGCCAUUAAUGCCCUGGAGCCUCAGUUUGCGGAGCUCGCCGACUCCAUGGCAGACUUGGAGGCCAAUUUCAUGCACCUACAGCUGAUGCACGAGAGUUUGACUCGGUUCAGUGAGAGCUUCGCCAGCUUUCUCUACGGAUUGAAUAUGAACGCCUUCUGCGUGGAUUUCCCCGAGGCUCCGAUUUCCGAUUCAUUCAAGCGAGCUAAGCAGGCGGAGGCACAAAAAGAAGCAGAAGAAUCCGAAGCUGCCCGUCCAGCCGAUGACGGCGAGAUGACUUUCUUAACUACGGACACAUCUUUUGUCGAGCACCCACCGAGCACCAUCUCCUCUAAACCGACAUCGAAAUACUCAACGAGAGGCACAACACGAGGCACAACGCGAGGGACCACCAGGGGCGCGGUUCGUGGCACAACGCGCGGCUCUACGACAAGUCGAUAUGCAACUCGAGGGUCAUCUACGCGCGGCCGGGAGAGUGCGCUGCCGCGGGGACGAGGCACGCGAUGA